GAACAGCCCGUUGCUGCUGGUCAGCCCUUGACACCCUCACUGUUCAUACAUACCUGUAUUCCAGCACUGGCAAGCCAUGGAACACGUGGGCUUACCAUACUGUCCCUUUAAACUGGGACACUCAAACUGGGACACUCAUGAAUUACACAGGUUCUGUGGCUUGCUUACUUCAAGCCUGCAUUUCCCCUGGUUUUAAUUAGCGCUAGAACCUGCGUAAUUCAUGAAUGUCCUAAACCCAUGUAUCAUUGAUCAGUGGUGUGUCUAUAAUCGGUGCAUGGUGUGCGGUGCACGUGGGGGCUCACACCCUGGCCUGCACCCAUAUUAUUAUACUUACCUCUCCGGAGUCCCACGUCGGGGCUGCAGCAGCAGAAAUCACAGGGAAUAUUCAAGGGUGUCCGUUUCCCCAGAGGAGAGGGAUCAGCGAUGUCGCCAUGAAGCACCCACGAAUGGCUGCGCUGUGGAGGAGCUGCGUCGCUGGUUUCCAUUCAUGCGCCCUUACUCUUUCACCACGCAGGCUAUGUACUAAUGUCGUCACAAAGCAGCUGCCUCUUGCUUCGCUGGCCAGGAGAAAUCCAUGCUCACCCAUUGGUCCGUAUGGACUUCAGCCAAGAAGAAGCUGCUCCCGGGGCGUUGCUUUCCUGUGGCAAAGCGAGACGUUGCAGAACUACUUACAGUCCCUAAUGAAAGAGCAUAGAGAUCUAGGUGACAUGCUAAAUCUUACUUUAAAAGAGGAGGAGCGCAGGGACCUUGGCCAACGGCACGCCGAUCUGUCUUCUCUCAGCGUCCUCCUCGGUCAGAUACAGGAGGCGGAAGGUGAAAUCAGGGAGCUGGAAGCCAUGUUUGCCGGCCUGAUGUCACCGGAGGAUGAGCAGCUGCUGCGGGAAGAACAGGAAGCUAUGAACCGAAACAUUAAUAAGCUACGUGAAAAGCUGCUAACCAUACUUGUGCCUCAGAAAAAAUAUGACCAGAACGAUGCAAUACUGGAAGUGGUGUCUGGCAGAACCACGGGAGGUGACAUUUGCCAGCAAUUUACAGCAGAGGUUUUUGACAUGUACCGAAGUUAUGCCCAUUACAAGCGUUGGACAUUUGAAUUUAUAAAUUACACACCCAAUGAGUAUGGUGGCAUACACCAUGCGGCAGCACGUAUUGUAGGAGAAGGCGCAUACAAGCGUUUGAAAUACGAAGGCGGAAUUCACCGGGUGCAGCGGAUCCCGCAGGUGGGAUUGUCCUCUCGGAUGCAGAGGAUUCACACAGGGACCAUGGCUGUAAUUGUGCUGCCACAGCCUGACGAGGUAGACAUUAAAAUUGAUCCAAGAGAUCUGCGUAUUGAUACGUUCAAAGCCAAGGGGGCUGGGGGACAGCAUGUCAAUACAACGGACAGUGCUGUUCGGAUUGUUCACAUACCUACAGGGAUAACGGUGGAGUGCCAACAGGAACGCUCCCAAAUUCAGAACAAGGAUAAAGCCAUGAGGAUUCUGAGAGCUAAACUCCAUGAACAGACAGUCCAGCAGGAGAUGUCCCACAGGCAGAGCUCCAGAAAGCUGCAGGUUGGGACAAGGGAUCAGUCUGACCGAAUCCGCACUUACAACUUCACUCAGGACCGACUGACUGACCACAGAAUAUCCUUCGACGUCCGUAAUAUAAGGGAAUUCCUAGAUGGAGAAGAUCUUUUGGAUGAUUUGAUUGAUAAAGUACACCAGGCAGCUGCUGCUGAAGAUCUUCUUGAGGUCAUUGAUAGCUAUUCCUCGAGGGUGAAAGAUCUUUGACCUCCUUAGUAAUUUGCAGGACAAGAGAAGCCAGAAUGGAGUCACCGAGUACAAGCCCCCACUAAGCACGGACUGUUCAGAGCUUUAUGCUGCCCUGGCACCAGUGGCAAUUGCCAGGAGGGUACCCUUUGCCCGGUCUUGUGCAGGGGUCCGAGCUGGGUCACUUACGGAGUGGAUUGGGGUGAGGGGGGGGGCAAAUGUUCCCCUUUCCAGCGCACGAGUGGCCUGUGUCAAGUGCUGAUGGGGACAUUGCCCCCCUUUGCAUAGAAUUAUUUUUUGUGCGGGGGGGGGGGUGGUCCCCCCAGUACCUGGGUCUGUGUCUGCUCUUGGCGACCCUGUCUGGCACUUCCUAAUAGGGAUACAGAUUUACUUACUCUUACACUCAUCAGCACACGAGUAAGAUUGAAGAGGAAUAUAUUUUUUAACUUUUUUGUUUUUCUUCCAAUGUUCUGUACCUGCUGCCGCUAUGUUUACACACUCAGUUACUAGGUACGCCUUUCUAGUACUUGUAUAACCUCCAUUACCCCUGGAAUUCUUAGGGGUUUAUUUACUUGAAGUCGAAAGCUGACGUCUGUGGAAAAGACGGCAGUUUUCGACUUUUUUAGGUCGGAAGGGGUUCUGACCUAUUCAAUCUAACCCCAAAUUAUUCGACACGUGGAGGAAUUCGACUUGUCGAAAAGCACGUGGAUCGGCGGAAUAGCUGUCGAUCCACGUGCUUGUGUCGAAAACGGUUUUGGCCCCCUUUUCGACCAUCUCAAUUCGACUUUAAAAAAAGUCGAAGUGAGACGCGGGAGCAGAGACAGGGAGAGCCGCGGGCAGACGUAGACCAGCGCCGGAGGAUGUAUCACAGCAGCGUCCACCCGGCUCCAGCAAGCGAGACCUCGCUUGCUGGAGCCGGGUGGACGCUGCCGUCACCGGCGGCUGUGAUGCGGGGACGGUGAGAGGAGGGACGGGGAGAGGCAGAGGGAAGGGGAGAGGCAGAGAGACGGAGGAGAGCCGCAGGCAGACUGAGGCGAGCAGCACUUCAGCAGCGACUAUAUAGCCGCUGCUGUAUCGCUGCCCUCCCCGUCUGCCCGCGUCUCUCCCCCGUCUCAGCUCCUGCAGCUCAAUUCGACUUUUUUAAAAGUCGACUUGAGAUGACAUUGAAUAGCCCAGGUCGGAUCCAUUCUGACAAAUGAAUGUCGGAAUGGAUCUGACUUCAAUUGAAUAUACCCCUUAGUGGUGUUUGGUCUGAACAACAACAAAGCUUCAUGAAUGUGCUUGCUGUUAUGUAUGGGGCUGCUGAAACGUGAUUGGCUGAGGAGAUAUUUGCAUCCACUAGCAGGUGCACAAAUAGUGUCCACUGAGAGUACUAGCAUUGGUUUAUUGGCUGCAUUUAGCUCUCUUCCUCCAGCCUUAUAGACUUCUGACGUGUUUGAGAAUUUCCAAUAGAUGUGGUAGGUUAUGCUGGGAAGUGUAGUUCCACAACAGCUGGAGGGGCACUUGUUGCAUACCCCUGCCGUGGUUGAUAACGACACAGCUGCUGUGGCCGGGUAGGUUUUCUGAUACUGCAUGUAUGCACUAAACCACAGGUUCUCAAACUCGGUCCUCAGGACCCCACACAGUGCAUGUUUUGCAGAUCACCUUGCAGAAUCACAAGUGAAAUAAUUAGCUCCACCUGUGGACUUUUUAAAAUGUGUCAGUAAGUAAUUAAUACACCUGUGUACCUGCUGGGUUACCUGCAAAACAUGCACUGUGUGGGGUCCUGAGGACCGAGUUUGAGAACCUGUGUACUAAACAAUUGAAUGGAAAAUUUAAUUCACUCAAAUGGGAAAAUAGACGAAUAUGUCUGGGUGGAAAUUACUUUUAUCCUUUUCAGUGAUGACGUCCACGCCGAAGCUGUUCGGCAUCACAUCUUUAUCCAAAUCCGGGGGCAGUCCCCAAUUUUACAAGCAGCCAUUGCUUUCUCAUGCUUAUAUCAUUACAGGGGAGAGCUAACCAUUUGCUCCAAUGCUUGAUCCAGGUAUUCAUGUGGCAUUAUUCUGAAUGUAACUGUAGGGGUUCCUAAUGUUUUAUUGUAAAAUAAAGAUUUUUAUAAAA